GUAUGUAUUUUUUUUAAAAAGUGGAUGCACUUGCAGAAAAGGUGAGUGGGCUAUGAUGACUGACGAGCCCUGCACUGGGAAGACUCCUUUCCAGUUCCACACCGUAACUCCAGCAACAAAGCGAGACCCUUAAUCUUCUUUAUCGCCCCAAAUCCCCUCUAAUCCAAAGUAUAUCCUCUCCUCUUCCCUCUCCCUCACCCUAAAGGUUUCUAAUCGAAUAUUUUUCUCCCAGAUACGUUCUGGCGCCGAUAGCUUUCCUUUUUGAACGACUUCCUGUAUUUUAGGCAUCAGGUUUUACCAUAAAGAAAAAAAGAAAGAUUUUCCCCCCUGGUUUCAUGGUUUCAUCUUCUUAGUGUGUUUUUAGUGUGUCAGCGAAAGUUAUGGAGACUGCGAGAGUUGGAGUUCUUUUUCUGGUUGCGCCAUUGGUUACUCUUCUUCUGAUGGAUGUCUCCAAUGCCCAGAUUCCAGGUUUUGUGAGUCUAGAUUGUGGGGGUUCAGAGAAUUUUACAGAUGACUUAGGUCUCAGAUGGAGUCCUGAUUCGGAUAUGAUGAGUGGAACAGUUGCUAAUAUUUCUGUUGCCAAUGAGACUAGUAAACAGUACUCAACUUUAAGGUACUUUCCGGCAGAUAACAACAAGUAUUGCUAUACGCUCGGUGUCAUCAGCCGAACCCAAUAUCUUAUAAGAGCAAGCUUCUUGUAUGGAAACUUUGACAGCAAUAAUGUCUACCCGAAAUUUGACAUUUCAUUAGGACCGACGCAUUGGGCUACCAUUGUAGUUUCAGAUGCUAACACAGUGGAAAUGCAAGAGUUAAUUUUUCUGGCUACGGAUCCUUACAUCAGUGUUUGUUUAUCCAAUGCUACAACUGGACAGCCCUUUAUAUCGACACUUGAGCUCCGACAAUUGAAUGGUUCCCUGUAUUUGAAUCAGUAUGAGAAUCAGUUCUUCCUUAGUGUAUCGGCUAGAAUUAAUUUUGGUUCAGCGAGCGAUGCACCAGUCAGGUAUCCAGAUGAUCCAUUUGACAGAAUAUGGCAGUCAGAUUCCUUGAGAAAGGCCAACUACCUUGUUGAUGUAGCUCCCGGGACUGAAAAAAUAUCGACGAAUAUGCCUAUUGAUGUCAGCAGGGAUGAAAUGCCGCCUCAAAAAGUGAUGCAGACAGCCGUUGUUGGCCGCAAUGGAUCAUUGACGUAUCGGUUGAACCUUGAUGGCUUUCCUGGUUUUGGUUGGGCAUUUUCAUAUUUUGCUGAAAUCGAAAAUUUGACAUCUCAUGAUUCUAGAAAAUUCAGGCUGAUAUUGCCUGAUCACAAUGACCUUAGCAAAGCUGUUGUAAAUAUACAAGAGAAUGCCCCGGGAAAGUAUCGGCUAUACGAGCCAGGAUACUAUAACAUUACCAUGCCAUUCGUGUUGUCUUUCAAAUUUGAGAAGACAACGGAUUCCACAGCUGGCCCUCUCCUGAAUGCUCUGGAGAUAAAUAAGUAUCUGAAAAAGAGUGAUGGCUCCGCAGAUGGGCCACUACUUGCUGCUGUAACUUCAGCUUAUUCAACAGCUAGGUGGGCGAAAGAAGGCGGUGAUCCAUGCCUCCCAGCUCCAUGGUCAUGGGUCCAAUGUAGUUCAGAUCUCCAGCCAAGAAUAACUAAUAUUAAUCUCUCUGGGAAGAAUUUGACAGGAGCAAUUCCUGUCGAGUUUACCAAGCUGGGAGGUUUGGUUGAGUUAUGGCUUGACAAUAAUUCUCUAAGUGGUUCGAUUCCUGAUUUUUCUGGAUGCCCUAAUCUGAGAAUAAUACAUCUUGAGAAUAAUCAUUUGACUGGAGACCUGCCCUCUUCCUUAGCGAAUCUGCAAAAUUUGAGAGAAUUGUACAUUCAAAACAAUUUGUUGUCUGGAAAAAUUCCAGCUGGUCUUAUUCGCAAAGAUUUGCUUUUGAACUACACUGGUAAUGGCGGUCUCCACAAGGGCAAUAAGGGAAAGAAUUUAGGUCUUAUUAUAGGAUUGCCUAUAGGAGCAGCUGUUAUACUCAUUGCUAUUAUUGCAGCAAUCCUCUUAAUGCCUAAAGGAAAGAAGAAAUUUCAUAAGAAAGAAGGAAAACCACCGCACCGUUUGCCUUCCUUGAGUGAUACUGCAGCUGAAGCUGCCCAUUGUUUCGCAUUAUCUGAGAUUGAGGAAGCCACUAAGAACUUCGAGAAGAAAAUUGGAUCGGGAGGCUUUGGGGUUGUUUACUAUGGGAUGCUGAAAGAUGGAACAGAAAUUGCUGUGAAAAUAUUGACGAAUGAUUCAUUUCAGGGGAAGCGAGAGUUCUCAAAUGAGGUGUCUCUCCUCUCAAGAAUCCAUCAUAGAAACUUAGUUCAAUUUCUUGGAUAUUGCCAAGAAGACGGAAAGAAUAUCCUUGUCUACGAGUUCAUGCACAAUGGAACUCUUAAGGAGCACCUCUAUGGUCCCAUUGCACGUGGAAGACGUCUCACUUGGAUCCAACGGCUUGAGAUUGCCGGAGAUGCUGCAAGAGGAAUCGAGUACCUUCAUACCGGCUGUGUUCCAUCGGUCAUCCAUAGGGAUGUGAAAACCAGCAAUAUUCUUCUUGACAAGAACAUGAGAGCAAAGGUUUCGGACUUUGGCCUUUCAAAGCUGUCGGUCGAUGGGGCAUCUCAUGUGUCUAGCAUUGUUCGUGGAACUGUUGGUUAUCUUGAUCCCGAAUAUUACAUCUCACAGCAGUUGACAGACAAAAGUGAUGUCUAUAGCUUCGGGGUCAUUCUCUUGGAGCUGAUAUCGGGUCAAGAAGCUAUUUCCAAUGAAAACUUCGGUAGCAACUGCAGAAACAUCGUCCAAUGGUCAAAGUUACACAUCGAGAGCGGGGACAUACAGGGAAUCAUCGACCCUGCACUGCGUGGCUACGACAUACAAUCAAUGUGGAAGAUAGCAGAGAAAGCUCUGCUGUGUGUGCAGCCCCAUGGAAUCAUGAGACCUUCGAUUUCUGAAGUCCUGAAGGAGAUUCAAGAUGCCAUCGCAAUCGAGAAAGGAGCUGACGCCCUAAGGGAUGGCAGCUCCGAUGAGAUCUCCCGGCACUCGGCCCACUCUUCCAUUAACUUGGGCUCCCUGGAUUUGACUCCUGGUGACAACUACUUGUCCAUUGAUGACUCCAUUGCAGGACCUGCUGCCCGAUAGUCGAUCGAUCGACCUCGUCGUUUCGACAUUGGCAAACCUCCUGGUAGUUUGAUUUCGUGAUCUCGUUUUCGGUUGUUAUGUUAUUAUUAACUGUAAAUUCCAACUUCCUGAAGAGUGUAAAUAUAUUCAUUCUUACAGGGUUUUUAGUGUGAUCUCAUCUCAUUCAGCUGA